GCGUCGCUGCAGGUUGAAAAAGUUGCUGGGAUCCUCGGUGUUCUGUGAGAGAAUGAACGCUAGGGUGUUGGAGUUCUUGGUGUAAUCGCUGGAGGUUGGGCCCUGGAUGAUAUGAGGGGUCGUUUACAACCACAUUUGGGGUAGUGAGGGGUCGUUUACAACCACAUUUGGGGUAGUUGUGGAGAAAGUGCGCUAAGCGUUGGCGGCAGCGGUAACCCGCUGUGUUCCGCAUCCUCUCUUAGGGAGGCCUCAAUCUUCAGGUGUGUGUGUGUGUGUGUGUGUGUGUGUGUGUGUGUGUGUGUUUUAUUGGGGGCCUCAGAGGCUUCAGGUACUUGCUCAGGUGACAAGUGUCAGAAGAAAAGCAUAAACCUGGUGCACAGUGAACAGAGAUUCACCGGCUUUUGCGGCUGAGCGCUAGGAUUAAAGGAACGAGCUACUCUGCCCUGCUACAGGGAAAACUCUGUUAUUUCUUCAGUUUUUGGAAGUUAAGCAGCUGCUUUGAAGAUUAGACCUUAAUAAGGGCUUGGGUAAAUCUGUAACGGGAUUUUCCACAGAGUAAUGUCUUCGGCCCCAGUAGCACCUUCUACAUACACACCCCUAAAUCUACUUAAGGAAGGCACUGUUGUCAAUGUCUGUGGUGUUGUGAAGUUCUUUAAGCCUCCGUACUUAAGCAAAGGAACAGAUUAUUGUUCUGUUGUCACAAUUGUGGACCAGACAAAUGUGAAGUUAACGUGCAUGCUCUUUAGUAGAGACUAUGAUACCCUUCCCAGCGUUUAUAAAGUUGGAGACAUCGUUUGCUUCCAAGGGCUGAAGAUCCAAGCAUAUAAAAACGAGCUUCAGGCAAUCAGCAAGUUUGGUUUUGCAUCUUUGACAUUUGAUGGCACCGUAGGGGCUCCUGUUACACUUCGUACUUUAAGCAAGAGAUGUAACUUCAGUGCUCAGGACUACAGUAUGGUAGAAGCCUUGCGAACGUGGGCAUCCACACACAUUUCUGCUUCUUCCAACUUAGUGCAGCUGUGUGAUGUUCAGCCCAUGCAGUAUUACGACCUGACCUGUCAGCUCCUGGGCAAAGCACAAGUGGAUGGAGUGUCAUUUCUCCUAAAGGUAUGGGAUGGCACCAGGACAAAGAUUCCCUCUUGGAGAGUCUGCAUACAAGACGUUGCUUUUGAAGGUGACUUAAGUCACAUUCUGCAGCUACAGAAUCUGGUGGUAGACAUUGUCGUUUAUGAUAAUCAUGUCCAAGUGGCAAAAUCCCUAAAGAUUGGAAGCUUCCUUAGAAUCUAUAGCCUCCAUACCAAACUUCAGCCAAUUAAUUCAGAGUCCACAACUUCCUUGAUAAGACUCGAAUUUCAUCUUCAUGGAGGAACUAGUUAUGGUCGUGGGAUCAGAGUCUUACCAGAAAGUAACUAUGAUGUGGAUCAGCUGAAAAAAGCUUUAGAAUCUGUAGACUUGGAAGCCAUUCAGACCUCAGAUGACACCUACCAAUCAGACAAUGUGGAGAAUUGUUUAACAUCUUCAAGCUCCGAAUCAGACUUAGUUUCCCUGUAUGAGGUGGAAAGAUGUCAACAGCUCUGUGCUACAACACUUACAGGUUACCAUUAUUUAGAGAAGACAUCAUUGUGUGACAUUUUGAAGCAAAGAGCUCCUCGACAAUAUCGAAUCAGAGCAAAGCUAAGAUCUUACAAGCCCAGAAGACUUCCUCAGUCUGUUAAACUUUUUUGUCCUAAAUGCCAUUUAUUGCAAGAAAUUCCAUCUGAGGAAAAUGUGGAUAAAAUUUUGCAAGAUGCUACAGCUACAGCCCCAGACAGCAAGCUGCAGGAUACACCAUUGUAUGACUCAGAAGUCUGGACCACUGAAGGUCAAGGAGGACGGCAGGUUGCGGUCCAUUUUGUAAAGAAUGAUGGCAUCCUUCCACACUCAAGUGAAUGUCUAGUUUUGAUUGAAGGAGGCUGGCUCUGUGAAAUCUCUAGACUGUCGAGCAUGUUUCACAGUGUGAUCCCUGUGCGGUCUGGCCCUGAGGACCUGGAGCUCCUAGAUCUCACAGCACCAUUCCUCAUCCGAGGGAAGGUGUGUCACUAUGGAUGUAAACAGUGCUCAAACUUGAAAACCAUACAAAACUUAAGUAUCAUUCCUAAUAAAAGACUAUGGAUUCCUUCCUCUGUGGCAGAAGUUCUGGGCAUUGUACCUCUACAGUAUGUGUUUGUUAUGACUUUCACGUUUGAUGAUGGAACCGGAGUAUUGGAUGUCUACCUCAAGGAUUCUGAGAAGUUUUUCCAGAUCCCAGCAUCAGAAGUCCUCACUGAUGAUGACCUUCAGAGAAAUCUGGAACAGAUCAUGAAUGUCAUUUGUCCUCCAGGAAUAAAAAUAGAUGCGUACCCAUGGCUGGAUUGCCUCAUCAAGUCCUACAACGUCACAAGUGGAACAGAACAUCAAAUAUGUUACCAGAUAUUUGACACCAUGGUUGCAGAAGACAUCAUCUAGUGCUGCUGUUGUGUGUAGUGUGUUGUUGAAUUAUCCAUUCCCAUUUCCACUAUAGCUUUAAGGUCUCUUAUACAGAAAGACAUUGUAUUGUUAUUUAUACUUUCUUGUGAAUAUGUUGAAAUGUCUUUUUUCUCAACAUGCCCAGGGUGACAAUUAGAUUACAAAAUAAGACCACAUCUUGUGUGGAGAAACCCAAGUUUUCAUUUUUCCUUCAGGUAAUCUCUAUUGUUACCAGACAUUGUAGGUCUGUCUUCUGCACAACACACUUGUUUUUGUGCCGUUCACUCACCAUCCCUAGUUGGGUUUAUAUUCCUGUCCUGAGUUUUAUACAAGCAGUUGAUGAUAAUGUGAGUGUAGAUAAUAACACAUUCUAUUCUUGAGUCUCUUAGUUCAGUGGUGGAUACCUUUCUUUCAUCCU